GUGUUAUUGCGUUGUUGUGUUCUACACUGAAAACAUUCUAUUGCGUUUCACAACAAAAAUAUCGAUUUUCUUCAUUGAAUACCAUUGAAAAUUUACGAAAAUUAACGUAAAAGUAUCGAAAAGCAGAAGAUAAAAUUCGAAUAGUUAGAAUCAUCAUCCGAAUCAGGCUAGUUUCAUUGGAAAAUUAGUAAAUUUCUCUGUGAUCGAAUGCAUCGAUCUGAAGUCUUCUUAUCAAUUCGAAACAACAUUGUCUAAACCAACUCAAAAUGGGAAACAUUAUUGAAUCGACAACAGUAUCCAAAGUGGUUGAUCCGGAUGAAGCUGUUCCAGAUGUUGCAACUGAUCCGUCUGUCCCAUCUGUUCCGUCUGCCAAAUGUGAAAAAGUGGACGUACAGCGUUUGAGCUUUGCCGAAUUGGUGGAUCGAGUCAGCAGUAACAAAGAUCUCAUCGACGAAUUUGGUUUGGAAUUUUGCCGUCUGUCUCACCAAAGUAUCAAAAUCUACGGUCGUCGUUGUGUUGAAGGUAGCUUCCUCUUCACACACAAAGCAAAGCCAGGUUGUAUGGAGAUUUACGAACGUGACUUAUGCUUCAAAAUGCUGCAAAAUUUUGGUUGUUUCAUCACAAAAAUCGUAAUUGAUUUCGAGGGCUUGAAAUCCGUUGACAAAUUCAACCAGUACAUACAAAACGAAGUCAAUGAUUUCUGCGCAAAAUCGUUGAUUGAACUCGAAUUGCACAACUGUCGCCAGGCAUCGUUCGAUGAAUUGACGCAUCCAUUUCCGGACGUUCAAAGGGUUUGCUUCAAAAAUUGUCAUCUCGAGUGCACUGCUGAUGACUUGAAACGACUAUUUCCAGUGGUAAAUCGCUUGGAAGUAUUGGGAUGUACCAUGGCAUAUACGGGUUGCAUCGAACAAAGCUUCGUCAAUUUACAACACUUGUCGGUGCAGCUAACCAAAGGCGGAUUGUCCAAAGAAACCAUUUUGGCGGCGCUUUGUUUCAACCAACAAUUGAGCAGCCUUCAUUUGGUGGCACACGUCGAUUCAACACUUCUUCAUUCGAUCAGCCAAGUGACACCAUUGCUUCAAUGCCUUCAUUUGCACAUUUUGUCAUACAAUUUCAACGAUGGCAAACAAACACACUUUGGCAACGUCGAAAAACUAAUGAUCACUUUGGAUGGAGGUCCAUUCAUCAAUCUACCGAUUUGGUUUGAUCACUUGACGGAGCUAGAAGUGACGGUUAACGACGGACUUCACGAGAGAUUCAGUGAAUUCAUCAGUCGGAACGAAAAAUUAAUCAAAUUGACCAUCGUCGCUCCAAGCUGGAAUCAAAUCGAACUCUACGAUAACGGCAUGGCAAUUCUGGCGGAAAAAUUAACGUAUUUGACCGACUUCACACUUCAACGAUGCACCAUUUCACUUGUGGCCGCUGUCAAUUUCAUGCGAAAGGCCAAAAUGCUGCGUGAUUUUCGAUUUUCGGUCACGAAUAAAUUGGAAAGCAAACAAUUGCUACUGUUGCAAAUUGAAAACACCUGGAAAUUAACCAAUGACAAGAAUUUGUAUCAAUGCGAACGACGAUAGACUGAUUUUGUUAGGGUUUGAAUAAAAAGACUUGAGUCUUCAUCACGAAAUUUUUUGUCAAAGAAUAAUUAAUUUCUAAUUUUUUCUUAUUAGAUUUUCGCACUUGAAUAAACAUAUCCAUUAAGCUGAAAAUUUCCAUUGAACAAAAUAUUUGGUUAAAGAACAAAAAAUAGAAAAUAUCAAGCUUUUGACUUAAUGCUAUUGAUCAAUAGUAUAUAUGAACCGAAUCAUGCCGAAAGAAAACUUGUUUUUCGUUAGAACAAGAAUCAAGUGUCACUUUUCCACAUUUUCUAAUAAAGUUAAUCAGAAUUUGUU